CUGCAGCUCCGAGGGGGCACCGGGUGCGCUCCCAUCACCGGGCAGCCCUCUUUCGGCUGCUGGGAGCUGCGUCAUCGAACAGUGCGUGUUCCCCAAAUGACGAUUGUGUCCUUCGUUUGCAACAAAGAAGAUCAGAGCCACUUCCUCCCGCCGGGCAGGAAGCCACCUGCCGCAGCAAAGGUCACACCUGAGGUCACCCUCAUCGUCGCUUUACAUCUUGAGAGCCGAUUCCUGCGUGAAGCCGCAGCAUGCUCUCUGGUGUUCUUUGAAAGUUCUCUGUUUUCCCAGCUGUUCUACAAACCUCUGUUGGCCGGGACGGCCUUGCACAUAGCUUUCUAA